GGGAAUGUCAGUUUCACAGUAGUAUUUCUUGCCACACCGGGGCAUGUUGUCACAGUAAAGACUCGUGCAACAGGAUCGGGAGCAUUUGUCCCCUACUUAAAAUCCACCUGACACUUGGAGAGGAAAGUAGUUGUGGUUGGAUUACAACAUGGGAGGUAAGCUCUAUCUCUAUUGUAUCUGGUCGUCUGAGAUGGUGGUCAUAUAGGGCCUACAUAAAUUCCACAUAAACGCAUGUUGUUUUGUUGUCAAUAUAUAGGUUAUAACAACAGGUGACAGAUGUUUUGAUGAUGACACAAUUUCAUGAUGAUGACUUGUCUUCUUGAGUCUUUCAAUGCAAUGUUAAGAUAAUAUUUGCUUUGGUUUUAAAGCAUCACAUGAUUGCAGUAUGGAUGGAUAAAACAGAACAUUUAGCAUUGACAGUCCAUCCUACUCUGUUUGUAACCCAUUUAAAUGUAAUCUUUGAACAACAUGUAAAUAGUUAAUUUCAAUUAUAUUUAUUAGCAUUGACUAUUGUGCCAUUUUACUCAUGCUGCUAACAAUCCAACAGGCCGGCUGGAUGUAGCACUAUAAUUCAGUACAAUAUAAGCAGCACUGGAGCAACCAUUUUGGUGCCUGUGGUUGAAGAAGCCCAUGCUAAGGCAUCCAAUCCUGGAUAUUUGCUUAUCUUUUCAAAAAGGGCAAAAACAGACAAUUAACAUUUCACUAAAGCAAGUCCCUCAUAUGGCGUCUUCAAAAUGUGGAUCAGCAUGUGGAGUCUUUGAAAAAGGCUACAUCCACAUGGUUAGUCAUUCUGUGCCCUAUGCUGGAAGCUCUGAAUGCAACGGAAAAUAAUGGCCUCUUUCUCCCCCACAGGGUUCUAUUCUAGUGAGAAGAUGACAGGCCUGUUCGCCUAUGAAAGCUCCGAUUUGGACUGGUGUGAGGAUAACUACAGGCACUCUGAACACAUAGUGGAGUACUUCAACACUGUAAGUGCACAUUAUUUAUUUCUUACAAUAUCCAGCUGAGAAAUACGCCUCUGUGCUUAUUGUACCUUUCUGAAACUCCAUUGCAACUCACUUGUCUACUGUACUCUUUUAUUGUAUCUGUUGAGGACCAUCCUUUUUGGCCACAAUGAUGAUAGGUGUAGUGGAAAGGUGCAUCACUCACUGCAUUACAUUGUGAAUCCUUCUUUUAGAAAACUCCUUUCUGUUUCUCCAGAUGAGCAGCCUGUUCUUCUUCGUGAUCUCCCCCAUCAUGCUGUACCUGCUACACCCCUAUGCCAGGGAGAGGAACCUGGCUGUACACCUGGUCUGGAUCAUGAUGAUCUUUGUGGGUGUGUCUCCACUCUCCUUUCCAAACAUCAGGCCAACCUUCAUUCAGUUAUAACUCCACUCCAAGGGUGGCCUCAUCAGUCUGCUUUCAGUUCAUUCUGAAUUCAAUAAUAGCUCUUAACCUAUCCCCCAUAGAUACUGGGUAGGGGCUGGGGGCCAUUUAGGAACGGGGCAUUAAUGUGUGUCCCCUCCUUACAGGUCUCUUCUCUGCCUACUUCCACAUGACCCUGAGCUUCAUGGGCCAGAUGCUGGAUGAGCUGUCCAUCCUGUGGGUCCUGGGGCUCUGCUAUGGCCUCUGGUUCCCACGCAGGCUCUACCCCUCCUUCAUCAAGGACAGGUUGGUCACCAUUGCUCCUAGUCGAGGCUUCUGCAGACAAAAUGUUGUCUGUGAAUACUGGAAGUAGCGUACCGGGUGCUGCCUUCCUGUCUCUAUUCAAUGUAACCGUGGAGCAGCGUCCUCGUGUGUUUAGAUCUCCCUGCUACAGGAUCAUGCACCUGUUCUCUCUAUAUAGACCAAACGGCAGUACGUACUGUAGGCUUUUAAUAAGGCAGGAGACAAUGACAGGAUCUUUUUACAGGGCACGCCAGGUUGAAACAGAAGCCAUGCUAAGCCAGGAGUCUGAGAACCAGGCCAGGAGCAGCCUGCAGUGUGCUAUAUUCACCAGCCAGUGGGAGAGAGGGGCUCCCUGGCGUUCUGAAUGACUCUCCCAUUAACACUGUUAAAACAGUGUGAAGAUAAUCCCAAUUUAACUAGAAAACUAGCCCUUGGUUCAAUAGUCCCCAUUGAUUUACCUUCCAGUGUUUUCUGUGCUGUCGUGUGUUGCCUGUCAACUGUCUUCAAGUUCAUUGUAUGUCUCCUACCCACCCCUAACCCUCCCUCUCUCUCUCUCUCGCUCUCUCUCUCGCCCCCUGCAGGACGACUUUCUCCCGGCUAGUCAUGAUGAUCACUGUUGUCACCACCCUAUGCUCCUUUGUCAAACCCACUGCCAACGCCUACCUCCUCAACUGCUUUGCCCUCCACAUCAUCUACUCAUUGGGUCUGGAGAUGAGGAUGUAAGGCAAUAACUCCCAUUAUUGUACUGUACAUUACUGUCUAUCACGCCAUCAGUUCACUGUCUGAUAACUGCUAUCUAAUAACUGCUUUCUCUCUCUCUCGCUCUCUCUCUCCCUUUAUUUUCCUCACACACAGCUGUACUGACCAGAAGGUGCUGCGGUUAUGCUGGGCUGCUGUUGGCCUGUGGGUGCUGGCCAUCUCCUGCUGGAUCAGUGAUCGUUUCGGAUGCAGCUUCUGGCAAAAGCUCAAUUUCUGCUACCUGCAUGGCAUCUGGUAAGAGUAGGGGAGACGACAACAAUGAUGUUAAUAGAAGUUAGAUGGAACAAUUUUAUUUUUUAUUUUGUGAAUCACAAACAGAUCCAUGUAUGACUGACAAGUGUCUAUUCACUCUCUAGGCACAUUCUGAUUGUGAUGGCUGUAGCCUAUGCAAGCACCCUGAUAGCCUACUUGGAUGCCAUCUAUGAGAUACCCUACUCCCUGCCAGGCCUUCAGUACUGGCCCAGUGACAACUGGGUCCUGGGCUUGCCUUACAUCGUCCUGAAAGGAACCACCAAGACUCAGAAAAUAUUCUAGAGAACAUUUAACUUCUGCAAGAGACAACUUGAAGUCUUUGGUGAUGAAAUGUGGUCUGUAGUGCCAUGCAGAGAAAGUGUAAAAUGUGGUGCCUUUCUUUUUACUUAGCAGUGACUCCGUUUGAGAAAUGGUUGCAAUCCAUUAGAUUGCUUCUUAUUUGAUAUGAAAAUAGAAUCAAUGCCACUCAGGUCAUCAAGUUCGAUGUUUGUUUGGUGUGCAUGUGUGAGAAAAUUAAUGUGUGUAUGUUUGCAUUUUGUGUGAAUUUUGAUCAAUUCACUCAUCGGUUAUUUUCGUCCAUACAGAUGUAGAAUCUUAAUUU